AUGAGAAAACGCUCUAUCGUUAGAAAGCGGACAAAGUUUAAAGUAAGUUUCUAAAGAUAUAUUUACUAAUUUACAUUACAUUACAUUACAUUAAAAUGUACCAAGUUAUUAGAUUAUUUUAUAUUUCUCUUGCAAUAUGACACGACUUGCAUGUGUUAUACGAUUUCGACAUAAUGCACUUCAUGCAUGUCAAAGUUGCAUUUACUGAACAAUUUGAACAGUGUACAUGAACAUGAUACAAUUGUCAUAUAUACACAGUUUUUUAUAUACGAUAAUAGCUAAAUUGCCAAAUUAAGUGAGUAAUGAGAAUCUUUUUAAUAUUCCUUUAUUAAUUUGUUUUAUAUGCAGGCAAAGAGAAGGUUGGAUAAUAAGCGAAUUGAUUAUGCCAAACUUCAAGAGCUGAUACUAAAAGCACCACAUGAGAAUCUUCCACUUACUCUUAAAGAAAAUGGUUUCUAUUUUUCAAUUGCCAAAAAUUACUUCAACAAAGAUACUCCAACUACAAAGGAAGUUAAAAAAAUCUAUAAUGUUUGGUCGAAGAAUUUUGGAAAUGUUCGUGUUAAUGUCCAACAGGUAUAGUUUUCAUUGUCAAUCGAAAUUCCGUGUAUGUCGACUAGCCGAUUCCGAUGCUGUGUGAAGAUAUCCAGGAUCGUAGCGAAUAAAUCUAGGGCCUGUUUACAUGGAUGUUACAGAUAUAGGGUCACUAUACAAUGUAUGGUGACCCUAUCUGGAAGGUUACCAUUGCAAGCGGGUCACCUUAGUGUAAUUUGUUUUGUAGGUUAUCCUAGGGAUAUGGUUGCCAUAUCACACAGAUAGGGUGACCGUGGAAGCAGGGCUAUCUUUUUGUUUACAUAAGCCAUGUAAACGCGUCAGGUUGGAUUACCCUACAAUCGAGUGUUUUAUACGUCCUGCUGUGAUUGCUUGCAAUAAUGUAGCAAGCAAAGGCCCAAGAAAUAGCAUUACACAACUUGUCGCUAAACAUUUCGUUUAGGCGCCAUUUUUUCUAAUACAGACGACUUAGCGAUAGGGACACACAUAUUAUGCCGGAAUUUCUUUUAGAAUAAUAGGGGACUUUUGAAACGGAGAAUAAUAGUAAAAAGGGAAAAUAAUAAGGAACGUUUAGAUAUGACGUCAUCGUGCCAACGUAAAUUCCCUAAUUAGCGUAUGCGCCAUCCGCCCAUGUGUCAGCGACGCGGCGUGCAUGUGCGUCGUGUACGUAGAAUUUUUGGACUAAUAACAUUAUGCAUUAUUUAAAAUGCAAAUUUCAAAUAAAAUUGAAAAUCUAGACGAAAUUUCCAUUUCCAUUAUAUAUAGAUAAACUUUUUGUUUUCUCCUGGUCUUGGUUCGCCUUGAUGUAAAAUAAUUUUGGGAAUAAUUAAGAAUAAUAUGAUAAAGUCAAGGGAAUUAAGGAAUAGAAUAAUGGGCAAAUAAUGUGUGUGUCCCUACUUAGGUAACGCGCAAAAAUUUUGCGUUUCGGCGCCAUUUUCCUAAUACAAACGGCUUAGCGACUACGCGUAGGUAGGGUUGCCCUACCCUACCUCAUGUAAACGCGCGCCGUUUUCUGACCCGCUUGCUAUAGUUUAUUUAACCCUUCUUAUAUGUAGAGUUACCCUAUCUCUAUGUAAACAGGCCUCUAAGCAUAGAGGUGUUGCCUAUUUGCCGAAAGAUACUAGUUUGACGACUAUCGUUAUAUUCAUUUUCGUAAGUAAAUAAGUAAGAAAAUCACAUCACAUGAGCAUUUUGCUGCGGUAUGCUAUAUAUUGCAUACAACACCAUCGUGUUUUUUCAUAACUAAACGUUAUGAAUGAGCUAAUUAAUUAAUUUAUAUAUAAUUCAUCCGAUAUUUUUAUCGUUUUAGAACAAAGAACAGGAAAUGCAAGGAUGUGAAGAAGAUAAACAUGAAAUGACCGAAGAUUUCACCAUCCUCAAUUGUCAGUGAAGCAACAGAAAUCCCCGAAAGAACGACAAGACCAAAAAAGAAAGUGAUAAGUCCAAGGAAUGUUUGCAAUUUACGAAGCGUCCGGAAGGUAUGAUAUAAUCUAUUGUACCACCAUGAAAGUAACAAUGUUACAUGAUUUACUUCUGAAAUUAUGAUAGCAUGUAUUGCUUGUGAAUGAGCGAAAUUUAAUUCGUUAAUUUUUCUUGUUUCUUGUGUGCAUAUGGGUAAAAAAUAAUUAUUCAUGGUUCCUAGAAGGGGUUCUUUUAUAGCUGGGGUGGAGGGGGGAGCGGUAAAAUCAUCGAGGGGGUCAUAUGAAAGUUUUAGUUCUGGCAAUGUUAUUAUAGCACUUGGAAAUUUUGAAUUUUUGCAUGGCUACAAGUUUAAUUACAGCAAGUUUUGCACUAUUACAAACGUCAGAAAAUAAAGACUUUUUAAUUGUUUGACUGAUAUUGUACAAACCAUAUUUAUACACUUGUACUAUAUUUUAUAUAAAAUGGGGGGGGGUUUACAAACGUUUUUCGUGUUUUCUUGAAGGGGGGUCAUGCCAGGAUGCUACCCCUCCCCCCCCCCCGCCCAAAAAAACAUAAAUAAUGAACAAAAAGCUUUUAUCUAAAAGCUUUUACCUGUUCUUUUGAUACCGGAAUCAGGUCUAUAUGCAUGUAGGCCUAUUUUGUAUUGUAACAACUACUGCAUGGAAGUUAUAGAACUCAUUAAUAUAUUGGUUUAAUUGCCUAAUUUACAUAACAUUUUUUACAUUUCUUUAUAUUUUCAUGUAGAAAAAUGUUCGUCUAGCGGAUUAUAUUGUCACUCCAUAUAUUAAACGAAAAAAGGUAACAACAAUUCCACAUUUCUGCAUUCAAGGUCGAGGUAAGCGUUACCAGCCGAGCCGAAGGCGAGGUUGAUAACGCGACCCUAGGCCUGUUAUACAAAUAAGGAAAUACAAAAUAACAGAAACUCCGAAUAACAUUUUGAUUUUUAAUCAACGUUUCGAAGAGUUUGUAGUCAUCCUCAGAAAGAAUCGAUUAAUAAUGAGAUUAAUAACUACAAACUAGUCGAAAGUCAAUUAAAAAUCAAAAUGUUAUUCGGAGUCACUGUUAUUUUGUAUUUUCUUAAAAUACUGAGUGGAUCACGUGAUUUUAAGUAUACAAAUAAAGUAAUACAAUCAUGUUCAUGAGCGCGUGAGUUACUUAUACAAUUCCUGUAUGUAGGUCCCAAGUUUGAGCGAUGUAUUAUACUGUGUAUGUCGUACACCAGACGAUGGAAGGUAUAUAUACAUCAUUCGUAUAUUUCAUCACUCAUAUUUCGAUAAUUUAGAUUUUAUUUUUAUUUUAUAUUCAUAAUAAUCACAUUAUUUCUGGAAAAUACAUAAUCAUAUUGAACAUGGCAUGUGUAUUAUCCCGCUUUUCUUACAAACAUGAAACAUAUUACUAGUAUUAAUACUAUAUGCAAAGUAAUAUUAUAUGUUUGGUUUGUAAUUUUUACAGGCUGUAUGUUUUUUGUGAAAACUGUUUAAACUGGUUCCAUCCAGAUUGUGUUGGAAUAACUUCAGAAGAAGCCAAGAGAGUUCCUGAUUAUUUUUGUCCCGAUUGUUCUCGAGAUAAAGGAAUGAAUAGUUCAGGAGUAUGUGCAAAUAGUUACCUUUACAGAAAACACCGCGUUUAUUUAUAUAUAUUAAAUGGCAAAGCUUUCUGAAUACAAUGCACCCGAUAAAUUUCUAAUAUUAUUUCCACUAACACACUGUAUCUGCGGGGGUUCUAAAACACAUAGGUCGCAGGUCAGCAGGUCACAGGUCGCAGGCUAUGCCUAUGGUCACGCCACAAUGAGGAAGGAAGUAUUAAUAUUUUUUGCUUGUAAUUAACUGUACAUUAAAAUAAAUUUUCAUCUUCUUUCGCCGGAUGUUCAAAUAAACUAUUUCUGGAUAAAGUUUCGAAACGAACGAACACAUGCAGAAAUACACAUACCAAAACAGCGAGUUAAAUUCUAACGAAGGGUUAGCGCUUUUCCAGAUUUUAACAAUCGGUACCUUGUAUUAUUAUUUAUUAGCCUAUCAUGACCGGCGACAUGUGCAUGACCUUUGUUUUAGACCAGCCGCUAUAGCUUGCUGAUGACGGUCUGAGAUAAUUGAUUGGAUACAGCUUUGUUAUAUAUUAACAUUUUACAUACGUGGUGAUUCCGCAAAACUAACUUAAUCAUAGCUAUCAUUGUACACCAUAGAUAACCAUUGGUCCUCUAUUUUUUCAGUAACAAAUGUGUAUAUAUUCUCAUAAUGUGUCUUGAAACAAUCGUUUUGCUAGAAAGUACGAAGUUCGCGAGAUAGCGACCCAUUGGAACAAGGUUAUUCUCCCACAACUGAAACCAGCUUGAAUGCGGAGCAGGUAAUACAAAUGUAUUGACAAUUGAUUUCAGUUAUUCUAUAUUAAAUCAGUAAAUCAAAUAAUGUCGAAAUAACUAAUAAUUAUUGAGCGAAGUCGAGCAAGACAUCAACGACAAUGUAUAAUUCAAACCUUGGUCCACGUUAUUUGGCAAAACUAACGCAUGACUGUGCAUGACAAUAAUAAACCAGUAAAACAAAAUUUUUGCAAAGAAACAACAUUAAUAUAUUUAUCGAAUUUUCAGAACCAGCACAAUAUCAGUGCAUUGUGAACUAACAAAAAAUCCAGCUGACCAGGUUCCGCGCCCAAUAACCACAACAUAACCACCGGCCAAUAAUUUUUUGAUUAUGCAUACUCAAGCGAUUCUUCACAUUGCAUUGUAUUUCCUUGUCAGAUUGAUGGUACAAUAGAGAAUGAAGAACCCGUUCCACUUGGAUAUUCAUUCACAUCUAGAGACACUGAUGUGAGUACCUACUUUAUACAUCAUCACAUUCAAUGAACCAUAGUCUAUCUCUUCUAUCCGCCAAGGAUUGUAGGCUUGUUAAUUUUAACGCGUUUAAUUAUUUAUUUAUGCAUCUGUAAACUAUACCUGGCCUUGUAUAUUUAUGAUGCAAAUAAAUUUUCCUCAAAAAAGUUUCCAUUAUUAUUUUUAUAUAAUUUAUAGGACAAAAGUUCACCAAAUUUAUCAGAGGAAGCAAGUGAAGAAAAUUUUCCAGAUGCGACCAGCUUUGAGGCAAGCGAAAUUAAAAUAUUUGCUCUAGCGUUAACCUGCAUCGUAUUAAUCGAGCAUUCUACAGUGUAAAUAAACAAAUGCAUGCAAUAUACAUAUAAUACAAUAUAAUACAUGCUAUACUUUACUUUAUAGACUGAGGCCGAUGUUGAUCAUGUUGAUCAUGAUGUUGAUGAUGUUGAUGUCAACACAAAUGACAAUGAUACGAGAGAUAAAUCGGUAUGUAUAUUGGAACAAGACGCUUAUAUUUUAUAGUUUGUUAUGUAAUUUGUACAAAAUAGUUCUACUAUUUUAUACGAGUAUAUAUGAUAAAAAUCAUGUUCAUUUACUGAUUUACAUAUACUUUAUCUUUGAUGUUCUUGGCUAGGACAACUUUCAUUUUUACAAUUAUUUCCCAUUUCGCCAAUGAACUCAUUAUGCAGAUGGGUGGAAAUUAAAUACUAUAUAGUCAACAUGAGCAGCAGUGAUUUAUCCAGAUAUCAAAGGUACGAGGCGAAGCCGAGUAUAUUUAGGUCUGAUAAAACACACACUGCGAAUGUUUUAAAUUGCUUCAAAAAACGAUCGAUCUAGUAAGUUCAUUGGCGAAGUAAUUUUCAAAAAAUACGUUGUUUAAGUCGAGAAAAUCAAAGUUAAAGUUUAUGUGAAUCAAGGGAAAUCUUUAUCACAUGUAAAGAUAUGACACGCUUAUGAUUUUUCUUUGUGUUUUCCUCAAGAAUUAUUAUUAUCAUCAUCCCGUAGGUAUCUUUUUCAAAAGAAACACUUGAUUGCAUUGUUGGAGAGGACGCCAAUGUAAACAGUACAUUCUUUGAAACUGAGAUUCCUCAAACUACAUGUUUCAUUCUGUCUAACGAUGAGUGGGCAAGAUUAACUCCUGUGGAGAACAAGAAUGGAAGACGAAAGUUUCCAAAGGUUUGGACGGAUAUUUUCAUGAAGCACAUAAAAGAAAGUAACCCAUACUGUUGUUUUGCUUUCAAAGAAAACCGCGUUAAAGGACGUAGAAGUUUACGUCGUUCAACGCUGUACUUCCAAGGAAAAGGAAUAUGCCGUCACCCUGGGUGUGGUGUUGAGAUCGAGCUUUCUAUAAAUGCAGGUGCCGACGAAGAUAUUAAGAAAGUAACAGUAAGGUACAGCGCAAAUGUAUAUCAUGAUACCUCUUACCUCACUUCCCGUCAUGUUAGUGGGGAGAGACGAAAAAUUCUGUAUGAGAAGUUGCAGCAUGUAAAUCCGAGUACGUAUCAUCAUGAAAAACUUAGCGAAAUGCAAAGUGACGUAUACGCUUCGGGGAACAGAGAUUCAAGUACAGCAAAUGUUGAUGUUCUUAGGAAAAUAAAGUCAGAAAUGGGAAAUACAUCAUGUGAAGACAGAAAUGUUGUGUUGAGUAUUCUCCAUCAAAAAACUAAGUUUGAGGAAGCAACGGAGAAAAAUGUGCAAAACAAAAAGAAUUGUUCCUUUGGACCGAAACUGGCAUAA